AGCUCUGCGUUUCCUGUACCGCUACAUUGUAACUGAUCAGCAAAUUACAAUGUAAAUCCUAAUCGGAACAUUAUUUUCAAACGCAGAACAUAUCAUCCAUGUCAUAUCCAUCACCUGGAAUACCGGGUGGCAGUUAAUCAACGAAUACAUGGUUUGCGGUCUAAAUAUCAGGCGCUGUCACAUUGACAGCGGUAGGAUAUCCGGAAAACUUGAGGGAGGUUUGCACGAGCCAUUGCGGUGUUGACGUAAGAGCUAAAGCCUUUUCAACCGAUGUCUAAGAUGCGGUGACAUAUUUGAGGACCCUCCUCCAAGGUGACAUACAUUCAAUCACAGACUAGCAUGGGUGAAGAUGGACAUUCCAGCUGCCAAUCAGAGCUACGGAUAUGGCGGGCAGCCCGGGGUGUGUCAUAAUGGCUGGUCAGCAACCACACCCCCGACCGGUCUUGGAUGUUCCGCUGCCCAAGGACUCUCCAGUGACCCUCUACCCAGCUUACAGGGUCUGAACCUGGGCCCAGCCUCACACCAGAGUCCCUCUAAUAACAUCCCUCAAUCCAUGGCUCAGUUACAGUACUCACACCAGGGCUGUCUCAGCAGGCUUCCUACGCCCCCAUUUAGGAACCAAUCACCUUCAGCUCUUAUACCAUGCCUGAAUCAAGAGCCUCACAUUCCACAUGUACACAUGGGUAAUUAUAUUUCCUACAACAUUCCUCCACCAUCAACACUCCUCCCUCUGAAACAAGGUCCGCCAGCUAGUGGGACGAUACCGUCUUCAAACCAGGGUCCCCAGAAUACUGUCUCUCCUCCAGUCUCUUCCUCUCCUCCAUAUCCUCCAUAUCCGUAUGCAAACCAAGGCUUUGUGAAUGGCCCUCCGUUGAUGUUGACAAGUCCAAACCAAGGCUUUGUGAAGGGUCCUCCGUUGAUGUUGACAAGUCCAAACCAAGGCUUUGUGAAUGGCCCUCCGUUGAUGUUGACAAGUCCAAACCAAGGCUUUGUGAAUGGCCCUCCUGUGACGUUGACAAGUCCAAACCAAGGCUUUGUGAAGGGCCCUCCUGUGACAUUGACAAGUCCAAACCAAGGCUUUGUGAAGGGCCCUCGUGUGACGUUGACAAGUCCAAACCAAGGCUUUGUGAAUGGCCCUGCAGUGACGUUGACAAGUCCAAACCAAGGCUUUGUGAAGGGCCCUCCUGUGAUGUUGACAAGUCCAAACCAAGGACCUCCCAACAGCAGUUUUUCCUCCAUGUCACCAUGUGGGAGGCAGAGCCAACAGUGUUCACACCCGUAUCCUCCACAACUCACCUCACCAGUCCAGCAGCAACCUCAAUGGGCCCUGCCUCAGCAACACUAUAGUCACAGUGGUGUAAUGUACAAGCCUGGUGCCACCUCACAUCCUGUACAGGAGGGCACCACCAUGCAACCGUCCUGUCCGUCUCUGGGGGACAGUGGGGUGUCCGGCCCCAGCUCACCUAUCUCAGAGUCACGCUAUGGCCUACACCCUCAGCUUCUACCCAGCGCUGUGCGUAUGAUGGAGGAGGACAGGACAGCGUGGGAGGGGAAGGUGUUUGUGUCUGAACCCAUCUCCUCUCUACCUCCGCUGGCUACCACAGACUGUGUCAUGGAGGACAGAGGUAACUGCAGUCCUCGGUUCAUCCUUUCUACCUCCUACUGCAUUCCGUGUGAGGGCCAGACGGCCCUCCAGAGCCACCUACCCCUGGGGGCCCUAGUCAGCCCUCUGGCUAAGCUACACACAGGAGAGCGCCCCCUGUCUGUGUGUAUGGAGGCAGACACUGUAAAGGGCUGUGGGGAGUGUGGGGCUUACAUGUGUUCAGCUAUGGGAUGGCAGGACUGUGGACAGAGAUUCUACUGCCCAUUCUGUGGGAAACUCUGUGAAGUUGGAUGGCAGCAUUACCAGCCAACACAGGGAGUAGAGGGGAACAGAGUGGACAGAGAGCAGAGACCUGAGCUCAGUCUGGGCUCUUAUGAGAUACUGGACAGUCAACAGGAUGUGCCUGCUGCUGUGUUGCUCCUGGCUGUGGAUGUGUCUGCUGCAGCACUGAGAGGAGGACACCUGGAGCUCAUCAGUCAGCAGCUACGUUCUCUACUCACAUCACUAAAUAGGGAGGAAGGUGCGUUCCAAUCAGAUGUCCGUGUGGGGUUGAUGACCUAUGACAGCCGGAUCCACCUCUAUGACCUCAGCCCUGCCCUGUCCCGCCCACACAUGCUGGUCGUCACGGAGACGGAGGACCUGCAGCUUCCUGUGAGGGAGGGGCUUCUGGUUCCACUCAAAGACUGCAUAGACAGUAUCAACAGUGUCCUGCAGCGUAUCCCUCUGUUCAGUGCAGAGUUUGAGGAGGCCAGUGGCGUUCUCCUGGAGCUGCCUGUCAAGGCUGGACUGGUCGUUCUACAGGAGUUGGGUUGUCCUGGCAAGCUGCUGGUCUUCCAAACUGCUCCCUUCACCGAGGGGACACACACACACAACUCCUCUAGCUUCUUCAGCUCCAACAAACCAAAGUCUCUGUUUCAGCCUCCGGACCCUGCUGUCUCAUUGGCUAAGGAGUGUGUCAGUCAGGGCUGUGGCGUGCACCUGUUUGUGUUCUCCCAGCAGGAUGUGGGCGGGGCUUGGCCGGGACAUGUUCCUUACCUGACAGGUGGAGAGCUGCACUGCUACCACAGUCUCCAGGGAGAGUUGGACAGGGAGCGUUUCAGCAGUGACCUGAGGAGGACUGUAGAGACAGAGACGGGCUAUAGGGCCACACUCAGGGUACAUGUCAGUAAAGAUCUGCGCGUGUCAGGGUGUUAUGGCUCAUUCGUCCCCGGGCCCAACCCCGCCCACGUCACCAUGGCAACCCUUGAUUGGCGUACGACACUGGCCGUUGAGUUAACACACAGCAGAGCUCUGGACGAAAAGAGGGGCGUGGUCGUACAGACCGUCCUGUCCUACACCAGCCAGCAGGGAGAGAGGAGGACCAGGGUCCACAGUCUGUCUCUGUGCUGCUCACACCACCUACUGGACACCUUCUGUAACUGCCAGGCCCAGACUCUGCUCACCUUCUACUGCAAGAAGAUGUACUGUGCCGUGUUGGAGCGCCCUCUACAGGAGCUGAGAGGGGAACUGCAGACAGAGGUGACAGAGUCCUUGGCCUGCUAUAGGAAACACUGCAGCUCCUCCUCUGUGUCCCCGGGACAGCUGGUCCUACCCCAGCACCUGAAGACCCUGCCAGUCUACCUCAACAGCCUGAGGAAGAGUGAAGUUCUGCUUCCCGGCCUCCGCAGUUCAGUACACCAACGCCUGCAGCUCCGCUGUCAGGUGGUCUCCAUGGAUACCAAGACGACAGCAGGACACUUCUACCCUCUGCUGCUACCACUGCCAGUAGGUGGCGAUACCUCCAGUCCUCUCAGCCUAGGGGAGGCUGUUCGCUGCACUGCUGCUAGCCUGGACCAUGGAGGUCUCUACCUGGUCCACGGACCCCUGGUUCUGUUACUCUGGGUGGGCCACAACGUCUCCAACACCUCCCUGGUCCAACUCUUCAACAUCACCUGUCUGUCCACACUACCCUCUGGAGAGACGAAGCUGCCUGUGCUGGACAACCCUCUGUCUGUUAGUGUGAGGUCACUCAUCAACACCCUGAACUCACAGACACACUAUACUCGCAAGCUGCGUGUGGUGAAGCAGGGGGACAGCUGUGAGGAGGCUCUACAGCGCCUCCUGGUAGAAGAUAAGAGUCCCAACGGGGGAGCGAGCUACGCUGACUUCCUGUACCACCUCCAUGUCAACUCUAUACAACUGCUGGUUCGUUAGUUGUAAAAUGGUUUGAACUGGAAACGCAAACGUGGGAUUCUAAUUGGACAAGUCCAGCUAAUCCCUCCCAUGCUUCACUCAGCUUUUCUUCUGUUUGGUGCCUAAUGAACAUGACCCUGGUGUUUUCAGCAGUAUGGCCAGGUUUGUUUUUACAGAUCACCUCAACCACACGUGAAUGAUCUUAUCCUUAUUUGACUUGUUUGACUGUUGUAGUAAUAACUUUUCAAAUCAAAUAACAUUUCAUUGGUCACAUACACAUGGUUAGCAGAUUUUAUUGGUCACAUACACAUGGUUAGCAGAUUUUAUUGGUCACAUACACAUGGUUAGCAGAUGUUAUUGGUCACAUACACAUGGUUAGCAGAUGUUAUUGGUCACAUACACAUGGUUAGCAGAUGUUAUUGGUCACAUACACAUGGUUAGCAGAUGUUAUUGGUCACACACACAUGGUUAGCAGAUGUUAUUGGUCACAUACACAUGGUUAGCAGAUGUUAUUGGUCACAUACACAUGGUUAGCAGAUGUUAUUGGUCACAUACACAUGGUUAGCAGAUGUUAUUGGUCACAUACACAUGGUUAGCAGAUGUUAUUGGUCACAUACACAUGGUUAGCAGAUGUUAUUGGUCACAUACACAUGGUUAGCAGAUGUUAUUGCGAGUGUAGCGAAAUGCUUAUGCUUCUAGAUCUGACAGUGCAGUAAUAUCCAACAGGUAAUAUCUAACAAUUCAACAACAAAACCUAAUAUCUAACAAAUUCCACAACAUAAUACACACAAUCUAGUAAAGGAAUGGGAUAAGAAUAUAUAAGUAUAAAAUAUAUAGAUGAGAAGUGACAGAGCGGCUAAGAUGCAAUAGACAGUAAAGAAUAGAUAGUGAAGGAAUCAGUAUAUACAUAUGAGAUGAGUAAUGCGAGAUAUGUGGCAUUAUUAAAGUGACUAGUGAUCCAUGUAUUAAAGUGGCCAAUGAUAUCAAGUCUGUAGGUAGGCAGCCGCCUCUCUGUGCUAGUGAUGGCUGUUUAACAAUCUGAUGGCCUUGAGAUAUGUUUGACAUGUUUACGUUGUGUGUGUGUGUGUGUGUGUGUGUGUGUGUGUGUGUGUGUGUGUGUGUGUGUAUAUAAACUGUUGACUACUGUUAUUUUCUCUGACUGUUAGUAGUGUAGCUGACUGUCAACAUCUCUCAACUGGAUGAAGACAGAAGGGUUGAUAUGUUCAUUUAGUCCAUGACAACACUAAUCCCUCCGUGUGUGUGUGUGUGUGUAUAUAAACUGUUGACUACUGUUAUUUUCUCUGACUGUUAGUAGUGUAGCUGACUGUCAACAUCUCUCACCUGGAUGAAGACAGAAGGGUUGAUAUGUUAAUUUAGUCCAUGACAACACUCUAAUCCCUCCAUGUCAUGUGGUGUGUUGUGUAUGUGUGUGAGCGUUGUGUGUGUGUGAGCGUUGUGUGUGUGUGUGUGUGAGCGUUGUGUGUGAGCGUUGUGUGUGUGUGAAGGCAUAUGUACAACCCUCUACUGUACUAACAAAUUGCUGAAAUAAACAUUACUUUUAUGCCCAGAGUCAUAUAAAAUGUUCUUAAAUCAGGGUCACACAGAGUGUUUCUAGGUAGUGUUAAACAGUAUACACCUCACACACAAGGUUAUGGGAUUAAAACAACACCUGUACCAUAUCAGAUAUAGCGUUGUAUUCAAUUUUAAGUUUGCUGUCCAGUGUUACACUUAAUUUCAUAGUUUUGAUGUCUUCACUAAUAUUCUACAAUGUAGAAAAUAGUAAAAAUAAAGAAACUCUUUAAUUA